AUGAAAGAAGGAAAAUGUGUAUUGAAACAGAUAAACAAACGGAAAAAUACAUUAGUCAACAGUCAUGGCUAUGGUCCAUAUGGGUUUGGUCCGAGAAAUCGUGGUUUCGGUAGUUUUGGCUUCUGGUGCAACAAGUUUCUGAACCGGACUCUAAACUAUGUACAAGUGGCGAACUUCUGGCAAAUGACUACUGAAUUUUCUAUUAUAUACCUGGGAAAACCACACUGUGCGUGGAGUUUAGGCGAUAUUGUAAUGCGACAGGAAAUGUCGGGCACACCAGGAAAACACGGCACAUAUUGA